AUGUCGCUUGAGUACCACAACUCUGUACGCGGUGAAGAACAUGCGUUUAGCAACGAUUCUGCCAUAACCCAAUAUUCUCCUUCUCCUCCUAUGAGUGGGACUGGAAAUGGGUUUGUUUAUAAGGCCACAAGCAAUGAUCCAGAGGAAACAAAAUCUCUCAUCAACUUCAAAGCCAAUGGUGGGUACAGUGCUGUCAUUAAUGGUGGUGAAUCUUUGCUUAGCUUUCAGCAGAAAGAGUACUGUUUGUGGGAGAAUAGUGGCUUUCAUCAGUGGAAUCAGAUCAGUCACAGAAGCAAUUCAGACCCAUCAAGACUGAUUCAGGAUUUUAAUUGCAUUCAAACUGCUAGUGGCUAUGGAGGACCAAAAGAGCAGCAGCAGCAAGGUGAGAGUUCAUCAUAUGGGUGGCUAUACUCUGAACCAAAUGUUCCUUCUGAUGGUAGCCUUCAGGAUUCUUCACCAAGAGCAAAAGAAGCAUCCUUCCAUAAGCGCCCUUCAAUGGGAGAGAGCGCGCAAGCCUCAAAGAAGCAAUGCACUGCUAGUGGUGCUGCAAGUAAAACACCAAAACCAACAAAGUCAAACCCAUCUAAGGAUCCUCAGAGUGUAGCAGCCAAGAACAGAAGAGAGAGGAUAAGCGAGCGACUCAAGAUACUUCAAGAACUAGUUCCUAAUGGCUCCAAGGUUGAUUUGGUGACCAUGCUGGAGAAAGCCAUUAGUUAUGUGAAGUUUCUUCAAUUGCAAGUGAAGGUACUGGCAACUGAUGAAUUUUGGCCAGUCCAAGGAGGAAAAGCACCUGAUAUUUCUCAAGUAAAAGAAGCCAUUGAUGCCAUUCUUUCUCGUCCCAGAAAGACAGAAACUCAACCUCCAAGCACCAGAAAUGAUCAUUAA